AUCUGUGGCAUUGAAAGAGAUAAAUUCUAGCAUUUUCUCCUUGAUUUUUCCCGGGGGGUUGAUAAAGCAUCUGUUUUCAUUGAUAUCUAUCACUUUAUAGAAAAAUGUGGUUAUCAGCUGGUUAUCUGUUCUGAGGAUCGAUCACUGGCAAGCAUGUGGACACUUGAGUGGACUACUCUAUGAGACUAAUAAAUACAAACUUACAAAGUGACAGGACAGCUUUUGAAGGACAGUGUGGGCUGCCCCUCUGGAUUCUGCAGGCAAGGGGUCUGCUUACAGUUCAGCCAGAUCUUUUAGGACAAAGAUGGUAUUAGAAACUGCCCUUGGCUGGUACCAGGGACGGAUUAGCCUUUAUGACAAACAAUCAUGGGAAACAACUGUGGAGCAGAGAAUACUGCAGGGCCUCUCAUACACUCCACGCAAGACUGCCAAACCCAAGACUGAAUUUAUUGAUGUUGACUUAGUAAGAGGGUCAACAUUUCCCAAGGCAAAACCCCAUUCUGGAUUGUGGUUAGCAGGGCUGCACGGUAUUACUCGUAUCAUAUUUUUACCAUUAUAUUUUCGUUGGUGGAUCCAUGAGACGUCCUGCGCUGGAUUCUUUGGAGUCCUCUCUAUAUACUGCUCCAUCUUAUAUUGUGGUGCUGUUAUGAUAACAUACAGACACGAUGAAGGGAUUACCAAGGAUGUGCCAGUGUCUGAGAUGUUACUGCCAGCAAUUGUACUGGUGGUCCUGAGCGUGAUCCACUCACAGAUUGUGUGCACACGUCACACUGGAAUGUCUUCUCCAAGUCACACCAGUAGGUCUCUGGGGGUGCGUUCAAAUAGGAGAAUGAGGCCAUUACGCAGAAGUGCUUCUCUUUCUGGAAGAGGGAAGUGUGUACUUUGUAGUUCCUGUAAGCGGGAUACCUCUAGACAUCACAGCCAUUUUACCAAGAAACAUAUAAAUUCAGUGAAAAAUAAAUCUCCCUUUAAAACAUUCAGAUCUCACUCCGAGGAACCAAGAUGUGAAGAAACCUUCCCAAUACGACCUCGCUCUGCCUCAGAGAACAAUGCCUCGCCACCUAUGGAUUCUGCUGGCAGGCCAAAAAUUAUAAUAUUCCAAUCAUUUAAUGAUCCUGUAGAAAAACAGAAUGACAGAUCAAGUUCUUCUGCAACCACAUCAUCCAGUGAUAGAAGCCCUGUCAUUGGUAACAAUGAGGCAAAUAGAUCAUUUUUGGAACAGUUCAAAGGGGAAAAAAUACCAGAACUUAAUUGUGCCAGUAAUUCAGAAAGUGAAGAAAUUACUAUGAUUCUUAACUCAACAAAAUUUUCUGAUGAUGACAGACUAAUAGAGGACAGCAAAAAUUGCCAGAAUAUAGAUAAAGAAAGUUUAUCCUCCAUCAAAAUACCUGAGGGCAAAAAUAAUCUCAUUCAGAAUUGUGGUAUUCAGUCCAUCAGAUCUUCAGUAGAACAUCUGAAACUCCCCGAACACCGAAGACAUGAUAAUGAUGGUGGGAGUGAUGGUGGUGAAGAAAGCGGAAUGGGAGACCUGGAAAUACCAACAACAGACACAGACAGUUGGAAUAUUAAGAGAGGUGUUAGACGGCCACUUUGCCCUUGUAUGAAAGGAGAGCUGAGUGAUACCAGUGUACCCCACCCCAGCUGCCGCUCCCCUCACAAACUCCCUCACAUGGCUGCACAGAGAAGUUCAUGCAAUUCUUCUUGUGAAAGUGAUGCUGAACAGAGCCCCUCCUCCCAAUAUUCCAAAACCAAGCAUUCAGAAUUUGAAUGGACAGGAAUCACGUCCAAUACUGAUGACCUGAGCUACAGCAGUGAGAGUGAGGGAGGCUGGGAUGAUAAUGAAGUGUCCAACCAAACUUUCCUCUGCUCGGAAGCUCUUGACUGGAACAUCCAGGGUUCUCCUGCAGCGAUCAUAACUUCUACGUCAAAUAUGUCAGUUAAAGUUAGCUGCAAGAUUUGGGAGGGAGUAGAAGUGAAGAAGGUAGACCUCUCUGUGCUGGAUAUCUCUUCUGCAGUCAUCUCCAAGGUGGACAGUCUUCAACACACCACUCACUAUCUUCAAUUUGGUCUGACAAUGGCUACCUUGAUUGCUCUAGUACCAAGCAUAUACCGUGUGGACUUCUGUGCACUGGAUGUGCUCUUAGAUACUGUGGUGACCAAUGGAUCUCAACAAUGGGUUCAAGCACUUGGAGACACUACAGAGAAAAUUUUCCUGGGGCUCUUGGGCAGUAAUGGAUGGGUAUCCACAGUAAUUUUUCUCAGCUGUGUGUAUCGAUUUGCUUUGGCAGCUGGCUUCUUCUUUUUGUUAGCUGUUGCUGAACGUACCUUCAAGCAAAGGUUCCUCUACGCCAAACACUUCUGCUAUCUCACCUCAGCUCGACGUGCUCGAAAAUAUGAUCUUCCACACUUCAGGCUGAAUAAAGUGCACAAUAUUAAGACAUGGCUGUCAGUUAGAUCAUGCUUGAAGAAACGUGGUCCCCAGCGAUCAGUUGAUGUCAUUGUGUCUGCAACUUUCAUCAUCACCCUCCUACUUGUAUCAUACCUGUGCUUUGAGCUAUUGAAAGAAGAUGAGAAGACACAACAGUCCUUGUACACCUGUGAAUUAUUCUUCUGGUGCUUUGCAAUUGGUAUUUACUUGAUUCGGUUCAUGACACUGGGUGCCAUGAUCAAUAAGAAGUACUCAAGCCUCUCUGUCCUGAUCACUGAGCAGAUCAAUAUGUAUUUACAUAUGGAGCAGAAGCCGCAGAAGAAAGAUGAGCUUAUACUUGCCAACAAUGUUCUUAAACUUGUCUCUGUACUCCUGAAGGAACUGGAGAGUCCCUUCAAAAUCUCAGGAUUGUCAGCAAAUCCUCUUCUGUAUAACAUAACACGCCUGGUAGUGUUGUCAGCCUGCUCUGGUGUCCUCUCAGAUCUACUUGGCUUCAAACUUAAGCUGCAUAAAAUUAAGUUUAAGGAGUGAAUCAGAUAGGUUUUAUAAUUCUACACUGAAGGAGAGAAUAUGAAUCUAUUGACGAGUUAAACAUGGUUGUACCCAAGUGCUGGAAUGAAUAUCUAUUUUAAAAUCAAAUUUAUUUGUAUGUAUGGCUACUACACCUGUACGUAUAUGCAAUGAUACAAAUAACAGUGAUAGGAAAUAGAGACGUAUUUUAUAAUUCAAGGCCCAAUAAUACUCAAUUGUUAAGGUAAACUAGAAUGUUCUUGUGCUGUGGUGGUCAUAAGGUUAGAAGAGCAGUGUAUAUUGUACAGUACAGUAUUUCACUAUUAUAUUAAUUUACCUUAACACCAUCCUUAUGAAUGCCAAUUUUUUUAACAUAGUGAUAUCAUUUAUAAUGAAAUCUGUUUAUAGUGUAAUUGACAGUGGUAUUCAAGCAUAUGAAUUACUGUUGAAACCAGUACCUAAUGCUCAUUGGAUCAUUGCAUUUACUGAAGCAAUUAAGGAACACCAUUUAAUAAUUUUACCUAAGGAGUACAUUACAGUACUGUACUUAGAAUAGGAAAUUUUUAUUUUUUUUAUUUACAUCUUCUUUUACAAUUAUUGUGUCAUCUUACCAAAUCACAUGUACACUUUUAUUUUGCAUCUUUCAGCAAAGUACUUCUUAACAAACCUUGAAUAACACUGAUGUGAAUUUUUUUUUUUUUAAUGAUUCAACCAUUUUAUACUGGUUAUGAAAGACAAAUCUCCAGCAUUUAAUAGAUGUUUUAUCUCAUUUUUUAGUAUUGAUUUGACUUAGAAAAAUUUUAAAAGCCUGCCUGCAGCACUACAGUUUUUAAUUUUGUCGUGACUGAUAGAUAUGCUAAAUGUUUUUAUCUGUGUACCCGUAAUUGUUUGUCGUGGUCAUCUGUUUCAGAUAUAUGUCUUUCAUCCUUUCAAAUUACAUGACAUAUCAAUUAUAUUCUAGUCACAUAAUGUUAUGCCACAUUAGUAAUUGGCUUACUAGUGUUGGCCUUUAUUCUACGCAAACUCAUAAAACAGAUGAGUUUUGUGUAAUGGAAUUUUUUAAUACUACUUGGUUGUGAGUGAUUGGACUUACAAGUAGGAAAAUAAUAAUUAAUUGUGAUAUUUUUUUAUAAACAUUUAGACACAUCUAUGCUCUUUAUAUACUGUAUAGUUUACUGAAGUAGUGUUUUUUUUAUCAAUUGGCUAGAUAUAGUAAUAUCACACUAGUUGAGAUGUUGGUUAUAUACUGUAUCUUCCUAUUGAAUUAACAGCUUUUAUGUGACAAAAUCUGGCUAGUUUUUAUAAGAUAAUAAUAACUUACUGAUUAGAUUAUAAUACAUUCUGAAUUGUGAAUUAUCUUACUGGAUUUAAGUGCAUCUGUAAUGUGCAUAGUGACUUUGAAUUACUUAAAAUAUGUGGUAGUAUUUUAGUAUGUCUUCACCCCAGAUGCAUGAGACCAUUUUGCUGAGAGAAAUGAUGCAUGUUCUUGAAAGAGCUGUGUACAAGGCUCAUUGAUGCAUAAUACUUGGUUGGUAUUGAUUCAGUCAACUAAUUCUUUUAGAUAUUGUAGACAAGGGGGAUGUUUUUUUUCCAAUUAUCAAUUACUAGUAAUUAGAAGCAAUGUAGCAGGUAUGUCAGGUACAGCUACAUCAUGGGAGGGAAUGGUAGAACAGUAUACAGUACUGUACAUUAAGGAGAGAACAGGGAUAAAGGGGCUAGAAAUGAGUGUGAACAUAUUUAGUGCUAGGCAGCAAGGAGGCUCUUCUGGUGGCUACCCCCACAGACCGGAGCUUCCUGGCAGAGUGAGGCAUCAUAGACACGAACCAUUACUGUAGGCCUUACUAUUUGUCUGUUUGUCAACCCGCUAAGUAGGAAUUUUAUAAAUAUAUUUAACUGUGUUAGACAGAAACUAAUUUAAACUUAUUCAUUGCAUAGUAUUCUGAAAGUAUUAAUUUGUUCAUUAAUUUGGAUCAUUUGGUUCUGUACAGUCUUUUACCCACUGUUCUUCUCCAUUAGAUAGUCUCUUUUCACUUCUCUUGUAUUCUCAACUGACAUGAUUUUAUACCUUAAUGUUGUUCUUAACAAAUAUUGCAGAAAUAUAGAAGAGGCCCACAAACCCUAUAGGAUGAAAACCAAGGGAAACUCCAAGCAUUAAUGACUGACAUAAAUCUAUAUGUGUGUUGUGCUUUCCCUUCAUAAACAAGUUCUUAAAAAGAGAUCUUUAUGAAUAACAGUUACCUUUCAAGGGAGAAAGCAAUAAGUCAUAACAUCACAUUAGCUUGUGUGCACUACACUAGUUACUUUGCUUGAGCAUUCCUGUCAGUCCCAGUUUUCAGGCCUUAGUUCCAUCCAAUCUUCACUUGUAAGCAGAAUUCCUCCUUCCAGCAACAUUUCCUAUAGAAAGAGUUCCUCAAUGUUUUGAUGCUUGAGUUUAUAGGCUGGCCAUGCAGUUCUGGAGUUCUUUGUAGUACAGAGUUGUUUACAUGUGCUAGCUACCCAGUCUUAAAUUCAACUGGUAGCUGGAACUUAUUGGUUCCAGCUACCAGUUGAAUUUAAGACUGGGUAGCCCAUACUGUGUCACAGGGAGGCACUCCAUUUCUUAGCAAGUAACGCAGAUUAUCUUCUAAAACAGUUUUUUUCUACCAGGUGUUGUGCUUGGCCCCAAGAGUAAAAAAUAUCCAGGGGGUUCUUAAUCAGAAUUAUAGGAACCUUUAUUUGAAUGAUGGUUGGGGGACACACUGGCUUUCCUAUCCAAGGGUAAAUUGACCUUUACAUAAUAUUGCCCAUUAGAGGUUAUUGUGUGCUCACAUAAGACAUGUAGUAGAUCAGAGAGGAAUACUCCAUGGUUUCUUUGGGCUGGAUAAAUAAUGACAGUUAUUGGAUGUAAAAUCUGAUAUUAAUGGCAGUAUCUAAUUUUCAUUUAUUCCUGGUAUUUUCUAUUUUCUCAAAAUUCCAUCUACUGUACAGUGGUCCCUCGGUUAACGAACACAAUUCGUUCCACAGAGUCGUUCGUUAACUGAAUCUAUUAUUUCAAUGGGAUAUUGGAUAAAUGGUUCCAACUCACAGAAAA